AAUUAGCUUUUAAUUUCAAUUUUUUCUUAAUUUAAAACUAAAAGGAGUAAGGGAUGGAGGCGCAAUUCAUUUCCUAAAGUUUCAUUUCAUCCCAAUUUUGAGGUUUCCAGCAAAGGCUUGGCCUUGUGACUGGGAGCUGGCACAACCCAGUUGGGUUGGGAAAGGCAUCUUUGUGCCUUUCCUCUGGCUGAUAUUGCUGGAUUGCUGGGACACUCUGUGCUCCUUCCAGAAAGAAGCUCAGAGAAAUCAAAUCCUGCUCUGAGAGACCGAAAUCAAUUUUAAUGGAUCCAGCUGUUCCCCAGUAAGGACAGGAGGAGGCAUGGGAAAGGGGAGAAAAUCUUCCAAGAUAUCUGCAGGGGAUUUCAGGAAGUCUUGAAAGUAGUAAGGAAAGUUUUUAGAGUGAGGUUUUUAACUUACCCAUGAGGCCACAGCCAACUUUAGGACACAUUUUUUAAAUAACCACGUGCUAAUGGAGAAAUUCUCUUUGUCAGUAAAUUUAAAAAAUUCCAGUUCUGACAGUGCAGCAACUCAAGCAGUCUAUUAUUAAAGUUAGAUUGAGUAAGAAACACCAUUUGGAAUUUGCCUUAGCAGCUAAAUGGGUUCUUGGAAGGCUCAAAUCAGCUUUAACCUGAUUUUUUAUUAUAAAAAAAAAAAGUGCCAGUACUUUAAAGCCAAGUUCCUUUUUGCUGAAGCUUUACUUUUAUUCAAGUGCAAUGAGUAAGUUUUGCAUAUACGGUACUGGGAUUGCACACUCAGGUUAUCUGGUUACAUACAUAAUUCUCCCAUUUGCAAACACAGUUUGCAGCACAUACUCAUGCAAAUUAGGUAUGAAACUGGGCAUUUAUCUUGAUUAGAAUUCAGUUGCUUUAUAAACUUACAGAACUUUAUCUCAUUCAGGGAUGGCUGUAGAGAUGAUGGAAAAGAAUUUCAAAAAUUGCACUUAUUCUCCUUGUGGGCUGUUUGUUGGCCCUCUGGGAAUUCAUUAAGGAAGACAGACCUUUGCACUGAUAUUCUGAGUGCCCUGGUCCAGCACCCAGCUUGGGUUGCAGACACUGCUGGAAACUCUGUCAGAAAUAAGUGUCCCUUGCAAAGCCACUGUACCAUUUCAUGGAAUAAAUGGAAUGGAAUAUAUAUGGAACAUAAAUGGAAUAAAUGCUAGAUUUUCUCUGUUUUACAAUAUCCAGAUGGAUUGAUCCAGAUGGAUGUAAGGACUAGAUGCCACUUGGCAAGGACUCAGUCCCUUUGACUCUUGGAGAGCUGGUUGUACCCAGCAUCCAGAUCAGACCUGAGGUUUUGGGGGAUCCAGGCUGCUCUUGUUGAUGUUUUUCAGCAGACUGACACAGCAGAUUUACCCCAUUUCUGUCCCCAAAAGCUGCCUGGGGACUCUGCACACCAAACCCUGGGUGUGUGGGAUGGUGAUGUGCUCCUGCUCUGCCUCAGGUCCAGCCUCUCCUGGAGCCAUCCCUGCAGCUCUCAUACCAGCAGCCCUUUUCUAUCCUUUUUACUGCAUUUUGAAUCAGGGCUCUGCAGUGCCAGUGCUGCACAAGGACACCCUGAAGUUCAAAGAACUGCCCCAAAUUCUCAGCUUGUUCAGCCAAAAGCCUGAAUUUAGGCAAAUGUCAGAGGGUUUAGCAAAUUGUGCUGGGCUGUUUCUCCCCCUUUACUCAUUAUUUUCUCUGACUUUCCCCUUAACAAGAGUCCUUGCUCACCAUCCUGGCUCCUUGCUGUGCUUCCCACAUCACUCCUGUUUCUGUGAGGCUCCCACCCCACUGCCAUGGGGGCUCCUGCCCAGUUCCUAAACCCAUUUGUGAACUUUUCCAGGUACAGGUGGCUCAGGUGACAACUCACAGCCUGCAGAUUUGGGAUGCAAGGAUGGAGUGGGUUGGUAUGUGUAUGUAGCCAUGUGAGCCAAAGCAUCCCUGUCUACGGGGCUUGGAGCAACCUGAUGUGGUGGAAGGUGUCCCUGCCCACGGCAGGGUGCUGGAAUGAGACGAUCUUUAAGGUCCUUUCCAACACAAAUCACCCUGUGAUUCUAUCAUUUCACUUCAGUGAGGAUGAAGCCAUCUGCACGGCUGCCAUGGGCAGGGUGGCAGCUCUGCAGGCUUGCUGCAGCCCUGGCAAACACACAAGUGGAUCCCUCUGAGGGAUGGAUAAGGCACAGGGAAACAUCCGCGCUCCCUCUAGCAGUCGCCAGCGAAUGGAUGAUACCAAUAAUUCUCGAUUUUUCACCCUGGGUUCGUGCCACGUGAACCGCCACCGUUAAGAGCUUUUGCACUAGUACUGCUGCAGUGGUGACAGCGCUCAGGUGGCUCUUUCCCCCCCUCCCCAAAAUCCUUCCAGGGGGAUUUUUGGAGCCCGCUUUCCUCCACCUGCUGCAGGCAGCUGCUGGGCACGGCCACGCUCCGGGCGAGCCCGAGCUCAGCCAGCAGAGCGCUUCUUCACUCGUGGCACUGUGAGCUCGGCGCGGGCGCUGCCGCAUGCCCGCAGCACCCCUGAACUUCCCGGGGGGCUGCGGGGGGGUCUCGCUCGCUCGCAGCGCGGCGCGGGCACCGCAGGCUGGCAGGGACCCGCCCCGCCGCAGCCGCGCACCCAGCGCGGAUGCCCUCGGCCGAGCUGCCAGCGCCUCUGUCGCGGCCCUGCCCGGGCUGCCGGGGGGGGCAACAGGCCAAAAUCCUGCACAUGAUGGACGACAACAAGCAGCUGGCGCUGCGCAUCGACGGGGCGCUGCAGGCGGCGGGCCAGGAGGUGACGGCGCUGCGCGCCGAGCUGGCGGCCACCGGCCGGCGCCUGGCCGAGCUGGGCAGCGACCCGGCCAUGGAGCACGGCCCGCACGGCGCGCAAGCGCUGCUGCGGGAGGAGGUGGCCCAGCUGCAGGAGGAGGUCCACCUGCUCCGGCAAAUGAAGGAAAUGCUGACCAAGGACCUGGAGGAGACACACGGCAGCAAGUCCCCAGAGGUGCUCUCGGCCACCGAGCUGAAGGUGCAGCUGGCACAGAAGGAGCAGGAGCUGGCACGUGCCAAGGAGGCUCUGCAGGCCAUGAAAGCCGACCGCAAGCGCUUGAAGGGGGAGAAGACAGACCUGGUGAGCCAGAUGCAGCAGCUGUACGCCACGCUGGAGAGCCGGGAGGAGCAGCUCCGCGACUUCAUCCGCAACUACGAGCAGCACAGGAAAGAGAGCGAGGACGCGGUGAAAGCCCUGGCAAAGGAGAAGGAUCUCCUGGAGCGGGAGAAGUGGGAGCUGCGGCGGCAGGCCAAGGAAGCCACGGACCACGCCAGCGCCCUCCGCUCCCAGCUCGACCUGAAGGACAACCGCAUGAAGGAGCUGGAGGCCGAGCUGGCCAUGGCCAAGCAGUCCCUGGCUACGCUGACCAAGGACGUGCCCAAGCGCCAUUCCUUGGCCAUGCCGGGCGAGACGGUGCUGAAUGGCAACCAGGAGUGGGUGAUGCAGGCUGACCUCCCGCUGACCGCCGCCAUCCGGCAGAGCCAGCAGACCCUCUACCACUCACACCCCCAGCACUCGGCAGACCGGCAAGCUGUCAGAGUGAGCCCCUGCCAUUCCCGGCAGCCGUCCAUCAUCUCCGACGCCUCCGCGGCCGAAGGUGACCGAUCGUCCACUCCGAGUGACAUCAACUCACCGCGGCACCGAACGCACUCGCUCUGCAACGGGGACAGUCCUGGACCGGUACAGAAGAACUUGCACAAUCCAAUCGUACAGUCUCUAGAAGACCUGGAAGACCAAAAACGGAAAAAGAAGAAAGAGAAGAUGGGCUUUGGCUCCAUCUCCAGGGUGUUUGCCCGGGGGAAGCAGCGCAAGUCCCUCGAUCCCGGUCUCUUCGACGGGACGGCCCCCGACUACUACAUCGAGGAGGACGCGGACUGGUGACGGCGCCAGAGCCCCUCCUGGCCCUGCACAUGUACAUAUCCCCAGUCCCACAGCCCCGUCCCACCUGUGGACGUGUUACCUGUUGUCUUGGGAGCGAUGCAGCUGUGUCGUAACUUCAGUUUUUUUCCCUUUUUUCCUUUUUUUUUUUUUUGUUUGUUUGUUUUUCCAUCCCGGUAACUCCUUUGUUGUCGCUUCAGUUUGUCCGUUUGGGUUGGGUUUUUUUCCUUGUUUUGGGAGGGUUUUUUUGUUCUUUUUUCUUGUUCUUUUGACAAAACUUGAAACUUGAAGGACUGCUGUGUCUCUGUAAAUACGAGAAAUAUUGUGCACUUUGUGCUUGUGAUGUCUCUUGUCCGAAACCGCUGUUUUCCGGAGCCCAGCCUGCGGGAUGUCCUCGCCUGGGGACAAAGGACCUGCCCAGCUGAGGGAUCUUAGAGAGAAAACACACAAAAACAACAACAAGAAAAUCUCCUUCGCUGUGAUGUCUUCCUGGCCGAGCCCCGCGGAGGCGACCCGGGCUGGUUGUUACGCCUGCCAGUCUGGAAAUAAGUGUUUUAACGUUCCUUUUUAGUUGUUUUAAUUUAUUUGCACAAACCCAGAGGAGCUAUUCUAACUAAAUUAUUGCAGAAGUUUUGGGAUUUUUAUAUUUUUCCACGUCGGUUGGGAUGGGGCGGGGAGGAGGAAGGGGGUGUUUGUACUGUACUGUCCUGGGAAGUUGCUGUUGGGGGAGAUUGGGGCUGUGGACCCCCCAGCCCGGGCUCCCUCAGCUGCCCCAGGAGCACUUAACGCCUUGGAAAACGCAAACCUAAACACAUGCCGGGAGAUCAGAUGGGGGCAAGCUGGUGGGAGCUUUGCCCUCUGUUUUUCCCUGCUUUUGGGGGGUGCUCACCCUUUGCUUCAAGUAAAAUUUAGGGGGAUCCGGCACGAGCUGGGAGAAAGGUGAUAUCCCGAGAUAUCCCAUAUCCCAAGAUGUUGCUCAGAUAGGGCCGGCCACCCCGCUCCAGUUUGGGGUGUUACUGCCGUCAGAGGGGGCUGGGGAAAUCGGUACGAGUCCCCACUAGGGAGGUUUUUCUGGCUCUGGGGUGAUUUGGAAGCACAGGUGGAGCUUGUUUUUCCAAAUUCCUUGGAAAUGCCCCCAAACCACCCCCCGGUGCGGCAGCCGCUUCCCCUCUCCACUAACACGUGCCGCGCUCUGCUUAUGCCAAGAUAAGUACCUUAUGCUUUAAUGCUUACAGUAUAAUUUUAAGCUCUUAAAAAAAAAUGUAUUAAGAUUUAUUUAAUGAACUAUAAUAGUGUAUUAUUUUUCUUAAUUCCGAUACGUGCGCCCUGGUUGAAAAAAAAAGGGUAUUUUGUCUUAAAUCAUCAAACUAAACCGAUGCCCUCACGCUGUAUAUCCAUUCCAAGGGAUGAUGCAGAGAGGCCAUGGAGGGGGUGACAGAGGGACCAGCCCCCCCAGGCUCUCCUGGGGUGGUAGGGCAGGCUUUGCCCCAUGGCAUCUUUUCUCUGCAGAGAAGCAUUUUUAUAUAUUUUGUUGGUUUUUUGGGUUCUGUUUUGUUCUUUUUUUCUUUGUUCUCCUUGCGUUUUUAUAAUUUAAACUCUAAACCACCAGAACAGAUGAGCGAUCUCCUUGUUAUCGAGUAGUUUCCUUUGCAUUUCAGCUUUUUUGUAAAUUAGGAAGUAAUUCUAAAAAUUACUAAGAGGAUGAUUUAUUUAAAAGAGAACUUUGCUAAAUAGCAUAUGAAUUAUGGGUAACAUUAGAUUUAACUUUUCCCCCUGUGAGCGGGGGAGAAUCCUUGAAGGCAUGGAUGCAAAUAUAAAAUUAUAAAAGAUCUAAAUAAAGCUUAUUUUAAAG